AUGGCAAUCAAGACCGAAGAGCAAAUUUUCUACAACGUGUUUGGCCCCUCGGGCAUACUCAAAGGAAGAGAGACGGUUGUUCUUCUUAGCACACAUGCCGUCAAGUACCUUCCAUUUGCUGACCAUAUAGUUGUACUCGGAAGUAAUGGCACAGUUGUGGAGCAAGGUCGCUUUCAUGAACUUGUCGCAAAUCAGCAAUAUGUCUUUGGUCUUGGCAUCCGAGCUGAUGUCCACGACAUUCCUAGUUCAACAGUCGUUAGACAGUCCAAAAUCGAGACCGAAGUUCAGAUUCGAGCAGAAUCACCUCUCUGUAGUACCAAAAGCGAGGAGUCAUCCAUGGCUGAACCCUAA